AUGGACGAAGCGUCCAAUAUCAUGCCCAGUGAACUGCCAAUUGAACACCACCAACGACAUACGCGGGAUCGUACGACUUCAUUUAACUCAUUUUCUCACUUCAAAAGUGGUCCGUCUAAGCAUAUGCGACCUUCCACCCACCGAAAUCGUGGUUCUAAUGCAAGCAUGAAAAGCAUCAGCUCUGAAACUGACUACUCGGAAAUUAUUGCCCCCAUUCCCCGCCGACAUCUCUUGCAAACGUCACAAAGUCUUCAUUGGCUUCGGGUUGACACAUCGUCGGGAGAUGAAUGGCUUAACAGAGGUGUCUCUCCCGUUUCCGCGUCUUCAGUCGGCUCUAGCUUCCCAAAUAAUAGGAUGGGCAAUCGACUUAGCUUCACUGCUCUUAUGGAACACGAAAGAACCGCCGCUGGCCCAUCAUCCACGGCUGGGAACUGUUGGGCUGGAAGGCAGUUUGUGAGGUGGAUGCAUCGGAACAAUAUGAAAAACUGGGUGAUUCCUUCAGCUAUCGUUGCAUCUACCUUGGUGAAAUGGUGCAUCGGAUUCGGAACAUAUUCUGGCCACAAUACGCCACCUAUGUUCGGUGACUAUGAAGCCCAGCGACACUGGAUGGAGCUUACUGUACACCUCCCCGUCAGGGAAUGGUAUACUUAUGACUUACAGUACUGGGGUCUUGACUAUCCUCCUCUGACUGCGUAUGUUUCAUGGCUAUGUGGAAGAAUUGGGUCUUUGAUUGAACCUUCAUGGUUCACGCUACAUGCAUCUCGCGGUAUGGAGACCGGAGGAAGCAAGCUAUUCAUGCGAGCCACUGUGCUCGUCCUUGAUCUCCUAAUUUAUAUUCCGGCAUUGUACACAUUUGUAUACGCAUGGCAGGGCACGCGAUCAUCUAGGAAACGACACGCUGGGCUGCUUACAUUACUGUUCCAUCCAGCGCUUCUAUUAAUCGACUGUGGUCACUUCCAGUAUAACUCCGUUAUGUUAGGUUUAACACUACUUGCGAUUAACGCCUUUGCAGUCGGACAUGAUCUUCUUGGAGCUAUCCUUUUUGUCUUGAGUUUAGGUUUCAAACAGAUGGCUCUUUACUACGCACCGGCGAUCGGCUCUUACUUGAUUGGAAAAUGCAUCUAUCUAGGCCCCAUCCAUGGCACUCGCCUGUUUCUGCGUCUAGCGCUGACAACAACAUUAGCCUUCGUCAUCAUGUUUACACCCUUCCUCCCUCCCUUCUCUCCUCUUUCCACUAUAGCUGCACCCAUCACUCGCAUCUUCCCAUUUGGACGUGGUCUCUUCGAAGACAAAGUUGCCAACUUUUGGUGCUUCACCAACGUGUUGGUGAAGUGGAAGCAGAUAUUUGCUAGCAGAGAAGGAAUUCUGAUCAAAGCCUCUACUGGACUUACCGCUCUUGGGUUCUUGCCUGGUGUAGCUGCGCUCAUUUCGAAGAACGUUCAAAACGACUCAGUGAACGUGCCUCCUUCGAUGGCACCCGCGGCACCGUCAUCACCAACGCCAAUUUUGCCGCUAUUACCCUACGCACUCCUAACUUGUUCCAUGUCGUUCUUCCUUUUCUCGUUCCAGGUGCAUGAGAAGACCAUUCUUAUUCCCCUCCUACCUCUCACACUCCUGCUGUCGGGCGCCGCACCCACUGACGAUGUAUUCUUGUGGGGAGCUUUGGGCAACAACGUUGGUGUCUUUAGCAUGUGGCCCUUGCUCAAAAAAGAUGGAUUGGGACUCCAGUACCUUGCGAUGCUUCUUCUCUGGAACCGGUUGAUUGGGCAUAAUCCGUUCAAACUACACUAUGGAUAUUUUGUAGGACUCGUAUCUUCCGUGGUACAUACAGCAAUAGUCCUUCUCCAUCUGCUCGAGUUUACAGUAACGCCUCCCGCACGCUACCCUGACCUCUUCCCAGUCCUCAACGUCCUAAUAUGCACUCCGACCUUUGGACUCAUCUGGCUUUGGAGCAUCAAGCGCUCGGUGGAAGUGGGCUGGGCUAUAAGCGGACUACCUGGGAAACGCGAAAAGGAAGGGCCUUCUUCAGCUAUGUCUGCAGCCAGUGCAACCUCAUCGAGCGCAGCGUUCGGGCACAGUGCGAUACGUGGAGAGACGGGGGUGCGUGCGAUGAGUCUUGGGUAUGCAAGUGGGCGUGGGCGCGGACAGGCUGAUGCUAGGAGACGAGCGCUAGUGGUGAGCGCGGGUGGUGACCGGGAGCAUUGA